GGGCGCUAUGAUCUACGAGCCAGAAGCGUUGCGAUCUACGAGCCAAAGGCCCUGCAGCUCAACUCAAGAUAUACGCGCCGUUUCGACUUCCGAUGCGUCGGUUUGGCGAGCAACAGCUGCCGAGCAUAUUUCGUAUCCACUCAAGACACGGCAUCCACUCAUCCACGAAGCGGCUGCUUUCGACCUCGAUGCAUCGGCUCUCUGCCAGAGGCGAGCGACGUGAAAAGUUUUCCAAGAGCGGCUGGCACUCCACAUCCAGUGUCCUGGACAAUAAGACCAGGGACUUUGCGGGCACUGCUUUGGCACAGAUGGGUGAUACUGUACGCCGGAUCGUCCACAAAUCGAGCCGGGCGUAGGAUACACUGCGCUCUGGUAGAAUGUCCGAUGCCAGGAGUUAUUGUGGUGCGGUCGAGGUAGUAUUGCAAUGGACUGAAUUUUAUGUUUACAGAAGCAUCCAGGGUGCUUUUUCA